AUGUUGUUUCACCUUGAUGAUGCACCUUUGAUUAAUGGCUUUUCAUCGGUGAAUCGCAGCCGUUUUUUUUGUCAUCCGUUGGAACGAACGCCAAAUGAGAUUGCAUUCGACGAUGAACACCAGAAUUAAUGAGUUUUUCUUUUGAUGGCGGGUGCACUUUGAAUAGUUUUUUUUGUGAAAGAAGAAUAAGGAAAAAAACUGGGUGGUCUCUGCGAUGUUAAUCUUUUUCGUUUGGUAAUUAGGCUAAUGAGAAUCAUGAUAAGAGGAGUUUUGAAAAUUGUUUCGGCGACUAAAAUUCAACUUUUCGUAAGAUCAAGGAGAGUGCUGAGUUUGCGUGGAAAAUUAGAAUAUCUGAACUGAAGCUUCUGAGUCAGCGAAACUCUUUCAAAUCGAAUACAAAAUUUUCCCAAAAACUCAACUUCAUAAAUCAGCAAAGCCAGGCGAACACAUAGACCUCCCCGUGUUUUUUUCCUCCCAUUUCGAGACAAUUUAUCAUUUUGGGUGAAAGGACAAAGUGACAUUUUCGAAUUGAAAACACCGAAAAGUUUUGGAGGUUAACAUUUUCGACGUCUAAUUGGAUUGAAUUGAAGUAAUUAGUUGGAGAAGUUUGGAGGGUACGGUAGAUGAAUAGGAGAAGGGUUUGGGUUACUGUAGUCUUGGUAGAUCUUCAUACUAUUUUGAGAUUCUUGUGAUAUUUUCAAAGUGCCGAUUUCUGGAAUAUUUUCAGAUCGGAAUCUAGAUUUCAACAUUUGGCGAGAAUCAGGAAUAUAAAUCUAGGAAAAACGAAAACUGUAAAAAAAAGUUUUUGGAUACUCUGAAAAAAUUCAGAAACGUCUGGGUUUCACCUCAACCCCCCCCAAUCUCUCAAAAAUUCUGAAAAAAAUUUCAGAAUUCGUGUGGUCGCAAGAAGAGCCGCGAAACGCCGGUGCCUGGACAUUUGUGAAUCCACGAUUCGAAAACGCAUUAGGUGUGAAGCUGAAGUUUGCAGGUCGUCGAGAAUUGGCGUGGACAGCCACAGCCGUCGGCGAACAUCACACAAAAGAAGCUGAGCAAGUGAUUAAUCAAACGUUUGCAUAA